CCAUUGAGUUCGGUCCAGCUGUAUCUCAGUCCUUAAAACGAAAGUUAACUUUGCCAACCUGGUGGUACUUUCCCUGCUUUUCAUUCGCUCCGAUAUCAAGCGGGACACCAACUAUAGAAGCUUUACAGCUAGUCGGCUUUACAACCGGUAUCAUCAUGGCGCAUUAUAGAGCGUCUGACUCCAAGAGAGAACAUUUCAGAAGAUAUUUAGAGAAAACUGGAGUGGUUGAUAGUCUCACCAGUGUUUUUGUGUCUCUGUAUGAGCAACAAGAGAAACCUGCCAACGCUUUGGAAUUUGUGAAGCAGCACCUCGGUGCUGUUGGCCUGGCUUCAGCAGAAACAGAGAAUCUGCUGCAGGAAGUGAGCGACCUGAGACAGAGAUGUGCACAUCUGGAGGAGGAAAACAAAGACCUGAAAGAAAGGCUGCACCAAUAUGAAGCGGCUUCAGAAGAUGGAGGCGCUGCUAACUAGACCUCAAGAACAAACCCGUCUGUUUGGAUAAACAUAUUAUUUGUUUAUGCUGCUGUCAAUUGAUGUGGCUGUAAAUGUGUCAGUAAAUCUCACUUUAUUCUUUGUUUCUUAAAAUCUAAUUUAUUCUGUAUAUGUUUGUGUAUAUAUAUUUCUUGACUGUUUGUUCUUUAGUAAAGUAAGUUGGUUCAGAGA